CUUUGCCACGUGACCGAGGACGCGAACACACGUUUCACAUUUAGUAAAAGGCUCAUACAUGUCUCUCCCUAGAACCCAAUAAUUUCCAUGAGGUAUCAGCACGCUCUUUUACUUCUAUUCCAGAUCUCUGGGGUAAUCGCGAUCGCACUGCCAACUGCGGAUAAUGGCUUGAGCGUGCAUUCCGGAAGAGACUUACUCGGUAUACUCCCAAACACUGCUGGCAGUGACACGGACUCGCCUACAACAUCAGACACGUUCCAUCUUAGCUCACCUUCAUCUCCUAUCCAUCCCGCUUUGAAAGAUCUGGGUAGCUUGUUUACAGAUCCGGUACUCCCCACGGCAUCCUCAGUGGGAAAGGUCGAUACAGCGACUCCCACAAGCCUCGGUGUUACGUCGCCCGCAGGCUCUCUAAAGCCAUCUCCGGAACAAAUAUCAUCUACAUCAACAACAAGGUUAGCGAGUGAUCCAAAUCCCUCAUCAGCAGCCAUGUCCGAAAACCCGUCGGCUGACAACAAAACCUGGAAAAUCAUUGGGAUCGUCUUCAUCGCAAUCUUGAUCAUAGCAAUAGCCAUUACAUCCAGCAUGUUCUUCGAUCGAUGGUGUAAAAUUGCGCAAGAGAUCUUGUGCUGCAAGGGUCGAAGGGACAGUGGCAUCGAACAGUUCGUCCCUGACUGGGAGAAGCAGACCUGGGAAGUCAAACUAGGAUCAAAAGAGCGUGAUUAUAGACAGCGAGCAUCGUUUCGGUCUGAUACGGGAGCACAUCAUGUGAAGGAGAGAGAGAUGCAUACGAUGAGAAACUCCGCGGACCACACUGUCACUACCCUGCUUGUCGCAGUGCCACCUUCGUUACAUAGAGUCGCCUCCCCAUCAGACACUCGAGAGCUUCCUUGGAAUGCCGAAAAUCUCCAUAAGUGCACUCUUCAUCGUCAGCUUUCCGCACGCAGCGGUCGCCACGGACUUGGAGACACAUAGAGCGUGGAAUUUGCCUGCAUGCCACACCCUGCCCUAACACCACCCAUUUUCCAUAUUUUUUCCCUAUCCAACUCACGCUACGGUC